GCGACCUUGUGAUAAAUGAACCCGGUGUGGUAAUUUAUCGUGGAAACGGCGUGUGCGAGAGAAGGGUUUCUCCGUGAAUUUGUCGCUUGCACGUGAGUGAAGAGCCACGACUAUCGGUUCCAAGAUGGCACUGAUGGGAGAACACAACUACUCGUACCUGUUCCACUUCGAGAAAAAUUUCGACGAACCGUCCUUCUUCAAGUUUAUGCUCGAGAGAUGGACCGACUCAUUUUUUUAUUCAGGAAUGUACGUCCUCGUAAUAUUUGGAGCCCAGAUGUACAUGAAAGAACGCCCAAGUUACGGACUGAGACCGGCGUUGGCGCUGUGGAGUGGUUUGUUGGCGGUGUUCAGCAUAAUCGGCGCCAUCCGCACCGUCCCGGAACUUCACACCGUCUUGCAAGUCCACGGGUUCCAGUAUUCUAUAUGUGUGCCGACGUACUUCAUAGGCCCCACGGGCUUCUGGUGCUUUUUGUUUACUGUUUCAAAAGUGUUCGAACUAGGGGACACGAUAUUCAUCGUGUUGAGGAAGCAACAGCUAAUCUUUCUACACUGGUAUCAUCACAUAACGGUUCUACUGUAUGUGUGGUACAGCUACGCUUCACACACCGCUGCCGGUAGGUGGUUCAUGGUGAUGAAUUUCAUAGUACAUUCGUUCAUGUAUACCUACUAUGCGUGCAGGGCCAUGCGGUUCAAUUUCCCAAAGUACGUCAACGUUGUCAUCACGUCCUUGCAGCUCCUGCAGAUGUCGGUGGGGUGCAUCGUCAACAUUUCCGUGUACCGAGUGAAAGCCAGGGGAGAAUAUUGCCAGCAGAGUUACGAAAAUUUGAAAUACUCGUCACUGAUGUAUUUGAGUUAUUUUAUUCUGUUCGCACAGUUUUUCUAUAAUACAUACAUUGAUAAAAAGCUUCCAGCAAAGAAAGCUGCAUAAGGGAACAAAGUAACAAUACGAAUCAGUGAAAUGAGAAAAAAGAAAACAAUUAUUAAAUUCCAAAGUGCCAAGGAACAGCCAGAGAGAACUUGGAACUCUGGUUCUGAAGUAGGAGAUGGAAAUAAAAUACAAAAUUUAAAAAAAAGGUUUGAUUCAGAAACGAUGAGUUAAAGGGAAGCUCCCACACAAUGUUAAAAGCAUUGAUUACUUGAAGAAAAAAAAUUGUUGCUAAUUUGAAAGAACUUCGAACCAUACGUUUGUUUGAUAAAAUAGUGACAAAAAAGAAGUCUAAACGUGUACCAGGAUAAAAAAAAAAAGAAGCAAAAAAGCAUAAACUAAAAAUAUAUUUGUUAAAUAUGGCAUAUCCGGUAGCCUAUCGUCAAUCUGAAGAUAUAGUUUUGAAUUUCAGAAUUCGAAGAUAUUUUAUGAAUUCUGAGAUCUUGUGCCAUUAAAUGAACACAGAUACCCCCUCCCCACCCACCCCCAACAACCAUGAGUUCAGGAAUAAAAAAAAAUUGUGAUCGUCGAUAUUCUUUAUUCUACUUUAACUACUGUUUGAAUUUCUACCGAACAAAGCAACUUUAUUUUGUAGACGAUGCCAAAAACCCUCUUCCUUCCAUUGACAUUAAUAAUUACUCCCACGUCUUUUUUUUUCGCCUCUGCAAGCAGACCGAAGUCUUGAUAACAGCUUAUGGAAUGUUCCUACCUGGAAAUCGGAUCGCCUGGCCUCGACAUCCUAACCUAACGGACUAUUGAUUAAACGAAUUGCGUUAAGGAUUGGGAGAAUAGGUUAUGUUGCAUCGGUUGUAACAGUCGCGCCUUUAGGCUGAUUACAGCGGUCAUCAAGAGGAUGCUCAUUUCUGCUAAAUUAUUAAAUCGAUAAGCAAGCAUUGGUUCACCAUCUCGAUGGACAAGAAACCAGGGGACAUUAUAAUUCAGCUUUUGUUUAGGCGAGGGGUUGUCAACGAGAAAAAAAAAAGUAGCUAUUUCUUGGCAGCAAAUCAUGCAUGCAGCACAUUUGGAGAAGAAUGAGUCAACCAUUAUUGAUUUUCCAAGCCAUUUUCUAAUCGUACAGUGAAAAAAUCCACUGUGGAUACUAGUACAUUUUAACAAUAUUUUUACCUACAUGUUUGAUAUACCGGUGACGUUCCGACAGAGUUUGUGUAAUCAUUUGUGUUCAGUUCGUAACGUAACGUCGUGCAAAGGUUCCAGAAUUUACGGAGGUGUGUUUGUUGGGAAUCGGCCUUCAAAUCCGUAGUGUUUGGAAAGUGUUUAAUAUGAAGAACGAAGUCCCGUGUUAAUACCUGAUAUUUUGUAGUGAACAAACCCAAACUAUGAUCAAAGUAAGUGUGGAACUUCGUUACCAAACUGAUCUUUUUUUUUAAAACUUGUUCGAGCAGUAUUAUGUUUUUUUGGACAAUCAAGAUUAUUCCAAAGACCCUGCCAGCUGCAGUUUCUGAUGAAAAAGCGGUAAAUUUAGCACACACAAAUAAUGUUAAGUCUGAUUUGUAAACCGGUACAGUUUUGCUGCAUGCACGCAUGCACUUUUUCAUGUGAUAAUUGUUUUAGAAUAAUAUAAUGGAUUGUUUGUGUGUACCUAUUGGAACCAAACCUUGCGGUUCCGACGGGUCAUACCGACUUGCGUAAAGCCUGAUUUCCGUACAUACUAGAGCAGAUCGCUCACAGACUCUGAGGUGAAUCCAGGGAGGGGGGUGGGGAGUGGGUGGUCGGACUAGAGAACCCUUUCCUCCGAAAAAUAUUCAUGUGCCCCUUUUUUCUUCUAAUUGUUUUUUGUCACUGGGAUGCCCUUUUGAUCAGUUGGUGCUUUUUUUUUUUUUUUUUUUUUUUUUUUUUUUUUUUUUUUUUUUUUUUUAAGUCCCCUACCCGUCCAGCCGAAGGGGAUUAUUGGUUUCAUGUCCGUCCCGUUUGUCCGUCCGUCCGUCCGUCUGUCCCACCUAUAGGUUUUUGGCUGUUGUUUUUACAAUACCAUGAGAUAUUGAGCUGAAAUUGUGUUUAUAGCUUUACCGUGUAGUUGGAGAACAAGCUCGACUUUCAUCACGAUAUACCCAUUUGUGACAGAGUUAUGGCCCUUGAAUUUGGGGAAAUACGAGCAAUUUUUUUCCAAUUAUGGCCCUUGAAUUUAGGAUAAGAAAUUUUGUUGUGCCUUUUAGGGAUAAUGUAUUGCGUUAGCAGUACUUCUAAAUGCUUCUUUCAAUUUGACAACUCAAAAUAUUUCCUGAUCCGCCCUUGCCCACGCAGACCAAAGACCUUUUCAUGGGAACCUAGUCGCAGACAUCUGUGUCUGUUGAGUGCUCGCUUGAGGUACUGUUUUUUUUCCCCGCAGGAUCGAACCACCUCGAUGAAUCCAUACAAUUCAUUAAAAAAAAAAAAAAUCUCGUUAAAACCAGUGCACA